AUGGGCAGCUUGGGCACCAACCCCAUGUCCUUCUCCGCCAUCUCCGACGACAAGGCAGCAUUCGAGCCGCUUAACCCCGAAGAUGUCCGUGCAUACCUUCACAAGGCCGUCGACUUCAUCUCCGACUACUACACCAACAUCGAGUCCAUGCCCGUUCUUCCAAACGUGAAGCCGGGAUACCUGCAAGACGAGCUCAGCGCGUCCCCGCCAACUUACUCCGCACCGUUUGAUGUCACCAUGAAGGAGCUCAGGACCUCUGUCGUCCCCGGCAUGACGCAUUGGGCUAGCCCCAACUUCUUUGCCUUCUUCCCCUCCACCAACAGCGCCGCUGCGAUCGCUGGCGACCUCAUCGCCUCGGCCAUGAACACCGUCGGAUUCACGUGGCAGGCUUCGCCUGCAGCGACCGAGAUGGAGGUCCUCGCUCUCGACUGGCUUGCACAGCUCCUGCGCCUACCCACCACCUUCAUGAAUCGCACUAGCACUGCCCGUGGCACCGGUGGUGGCGUCAUCCUCGGCACGACGAGCGAGGCAAUGCUCGUCACGCUAGUCACCGCCCGUGAUGCAGCGCUGCGUCGAAGUGGCUCGGUCGGCGUGUCUGACAUCCCACGGUUGGCUGUGUACGCUGCCGACCAGACCCACUCCACGUUCUUCAAGGCUUGUCGCCUCGCAGGCUUCGACCCCGCCAACAUCCGGUCCAUCCCUACCGGGCCGGAAACCAACUAUGGGCUCGACCCGGCAAAGCUUCUCGAGGUUAUGCAAGCUGAUGCUGACGCCGGUCUCAUGCCAACAUAUGUCUGCGCGACCGUGGGCACCACAUCUUCCAACGCCGUUGACCCGGUGGGUGCCAUCGCGGACGUGGCCUCCAUGUUCAAUGCAUGGGUCCACGUGGAUGCUGCCUAUGCUGGCAGCGCAUGUAUCUGCCCGGAGUUCCGCCACCAUCUCGACGGGGUCGAGCUAGUGGACUCCAUUAGCAUGAGCCCACACAAAUGGCUUCUCACAUGCCUCGAUUGCACAUGUCUCUACGUCCGUGAUGCUCACCGAUUGAGCGACUCGUUGGAGACCAACCCAGAGUACCUCAAGAACGAUGCUACUGAUUCUGGCGAGGUCACCGAUCUUAAGGACAUGCAGGUUGGCGUCGGUCGGCGCUUCCGUGGGCUCAAGCUUUGGAUGGUCAUGCGCACCUAUGGUACCGCAAAGCUCCAAGAGCACAUCCGUAGUGACGUUGCCAUGGCCAAGAUGUUUGAAGAUUUCGUCCGUGACGACGAUAGGUUUGAGGUGGUCGUACCAAGGAAUUUUGCUCUUGUGUGCUUUAGGAUCAAGGCAAGUGGAGCCAUGACGGAGGAGGAUGCCGACGAGGCCAAUCGCUUGCUAAUGGAGAAUCUCAACAAGACUGGCAAGGCUUAUCUUGCCCACACGGUGGUCGGUGACAAAUUUGUGCUCCGUUUCGCCGUUGGAUCGUCGCUGCAGGAGGAGAGGCAUGUGAGAAGUGCAUGGGACCUCAUCAAGAAGACCACGAGCAUUUAUAUAUACCGACCAAGGGUCUAUAUAUACUAG